CCUACCUACCUAGUAAUCAGACGCAGGUUCAAAUCCACUGCUUCCUUUCACUCAACUACUCCACAGUUUACAAUACAGUAACAUACUGUACAUACACAUUCACAUUCACAUAACCAACGACUCAACCACAUCCCACCACCAUCAUCAUCCACACAUCCAGACCAACCAACCAGCAAAUAAAUAAUGUCCUCACCAGUGCCCAUACCACGACAAUUCCUAACAUCCCUAAUAGAAAGCCUCAACUCAAUCCCUACUCCCCCGACCCCACAACCCAGCUUAGAAGGCGCGAAUCCGCUCAAGCUCAUCCCGCCGGCGCACCGCCCACUCCUCACCACCUUGUACGCGCUAUACCCGCUGACCCUCCUACCAGCCCUAGACCUCCUGGACAGACAUCUCGCCACGCGCAUCAUCAUCGCGCCGUCCCGCCCACAGGGCGACACAACCGCACCCGCAGCACCACACGAGGAGCAACAACCACCAACCCCCCACCACCCCUUCUACAUAGUGCGCUCCGCGCAGCCGCAACACCCCCGCCGCGACACCGCCUCCGCCUCCGCCUCCGCCCCCGGCCCGCGGUACGUCGUGCGCCUCUCCGCCUGGAACUGCAGCUGCGCCGCCUUCGCCUUCGCCGCGUUUCCGCGGGGCGAGGACCGCUACGUCGCACCCUCGCCAGCCGAUCGGACCAGGGAAGACGCGCUGGAAUGGCAGUUCGGAGCCCUGAGCCUCGACGGCACGGACGGGAGCGGCAUCGCCGGCGUGCCGUGCUGCAAGCACUUGCUGGCGUGCGUGCUGGCUGAGAGGUGGAGUGCCGUGCUUGGCGGGUAUGUGGAUGAGAGGGUUGUUGGGAGGGAGGAGGCUGCGGGGUUGGUGGCGGAUGUUUGA